UUUAGCCCCUGCAGCCAAAAUAAAUUACUACCUCCAUCCCAAAAUAUAGCAAUUUUUAGCUAUAAAUCGGAGGGAGUACUCAAAAGAAUGAAUCAUACUCCACUCAUAAGAUCUGUGAGGAUGACUGGUUGACAGUUGUAUAGCCCCUUAAAUCCUUAUUAUGGCGAACUUUAUUAUUGUAAUGAACAGUUACUAGUACUAAUCUCCUCUUCCCUCUUCCCUCUUCCCCUGCAAGUCUCCAACCCUUUGCCUCCCCAAAACCUCUCGCGAGAGCAACACCAAACGAAGGGGAAAGGAAGGAAGGAGAUCUCCUAUCUCUCCUGGGUGGUGGGUCCCCGUAGGCAGCCACCAAUGGAGGGCUCGCCAGCGACGCGCCUCCCGGAGGCCGACUCGCUCCCCGACGGCUUCGUGGAGAGCUCCGCCGCCGACCAGGCGCCCCCUCCUCCCGCCGACGCCGGCGAUCCCGCGAGCCGCUCCCUCGGCCUCGAUCAAGCCGACGCAACCGUGGGCGGCGGCGGCGGCGACGAAACCCUAGGGGCUCCUCCCUCGACCCUCGCCUCCGUCGCUCAGGACACCCUGGACGCCUAUUCGGCCGCCGACGCGCUGCAGAGCCUCACCGUGGGCGGCUCCGCUGCGGAGCCGGAGCGUGCUCUCGGCGAACCCGCCGUCGACGCAGGAGCUGUUCCUGUUGUUGCAGAUGCUAAAGAGUCCUCGAAGGAGAGCAGUGUGGUGGAGCAGGUGGAAUCUAUGGCCGAUCAGAAGGGGAGUGGUGAGCAGAAGCGCAAGGUCGUGAAAAAGAGCAAGGUAGAGAAGGACAGAGAGCUGUUUGAACUUGCGCAGGCGUACCACAAGGUGGUAGCAGAGAGGGAUGCAGCUAUUGCAGUUAAAGAGAAACUAGAGUCUCUUUGUAGGGAGUUUCAGCGUCAAAAUAAAAUGCUAAAGGAAGAGUGCCGAAGGGUGUCAACAGAGGGGCAGAAUAUGCGGAUGGAGUUAUCCGACAAAUUCAAUAAUGCUAUAAAGGAUGUGAGCGUCAAGCUUGACGAGCAGAAAAAUGAAUGCAUUGCUCAGUUAGAAGAGAACAACUUGCUGAGAAGUAAACUCAAAGACCUUGCAGAUCAAUAUAAUAUCACACAGCAGAAAUAUGCUCAUCAGUUGAAAGAAAAGAUGCUGGAACUUGAGCUCGCCGAUCUGAAAAUGCAACAACAUCAAGAGAAAACAGCUCAGGAACAAACCCAGAUGCAGCUAUAUGCUGAUCAAGUUUCUCAACUUAUGUCUACCGAGAAGAAUUUAAGGUUGCAGCUAGCUGCUGAUGGAGAAAGAUUUCAGCAGUUUCAGGAUGCCCUCACAAAAAGCAAUGAAGUCUUUGAGACAUACAAGAAGGAGAUGGAAAAGAUGGUGAAGCUUAUAAAGGAUCUAAAGAAGGAUAAUGAAUUCAUGAAGAGUAAAUGUGAGAAUUCAGAUGUUGCUCUAGUGAAGUUGAUUGAGGAGCGUGAGUUAAUGAAGAAGCAAGUUGAUAAGUUCAAGAAUCAAAAAGAGAAGCUGGAAUCUCUAUGUCGAUCAUUACAGGCAGAAAGGAAACAAAGCCCGUCCGGUGGUACUCCUGAUGCCACUUCUAACGAAACAAAUCUGGCAACUAUAGAAUCAUAGUCCUACCGUGCUUCACGGUGUUCUUUGUGGAUUGCCAGGAUUUGAAGACAGGGAAAUGGAUAUGUAUGAUGUUUAUCAUUUUAUAUUUUCCUUGCGAUUUUGUAAGUCCUGAAUGAGAGUAUCACACAUCCGGCUACGCGGCUUACAUGCCUCGCCAUUUGAGCCAUCUGAGAGAUUUUCUAAGGCCUCGCAUGGAAUGGGAAGCAAUUCAAUUUUAGCAUAUUGGGGGGAAAUUGUGUUUUGAA